GUGUCAGCCGGAGGAGGCGGAGCCGGUUAGGAGAGAAGGAGAGGAGGCGCGCGGAUCUGCUCUGUCCUUGGAUUCUCUGGCAGCGAAUCCGAGUGCCCACGCCGGAGCCGCGCGCGGGGUGGGCGAGCCGCUGCGGCGCCUCUGCUGUGCCCUAGGCCGCUGCUCGGUGGGCCAGCAGAGGGGGCCGGCCGCUCCGUGGGUCGCCGUGGGACACGCAGCGUGCGGGGUGGGGCGUGCCGCGGCGGCGCCUGUCCGCCGGAGGUGCGGCGCCCCAGGCUUGCUCCUCGGUGGGCUAGGAGAGGGGCCGGGGGCGCUCGGUGGGCGGGCCAACGCUCGGGGUGCGGCGGCGCAUGUCCGACGGCCGUGCGGCGCCUCCCGUGCGGCUGGGAGGUGGGCCACCGCUCAGUUGGGCCCACCUGCCAGCGGGCGUCCUUGGCAUGUGGGUGCGGACGGCAAGGAGGCGAUGGGCACAGCACACCAGCCGUGCCGCCUGAUCCGUCCAGGCCCCCCGUCGGAACAGGGCCCAGGCGGCGACGCACGGCGUUCUUCGUCGCGCGGGCGCUGCACGCGAGGACGCCCCCCGUCGGAGCAGUUGCCGAGGGCGGCCAGUCCCAUCGGCGCGUGCUCCCGGGAUUCGAUGUCGUCGAGAUAAGUUCCCCCUUCCUGCCACCAUCUCCAUAUCCUUCCCUCACUUUUUUCUUCCUUUCGCCCAGUUACGAACCCUGCCUUCCUCCUCCCGUUUCCCCACAGACCCCUGCGCCUUGCUUCCAGAUCUGUGAGCUCCAGCUCUUUUGCCUGCUGCUCUUUGUGCUGCAUUGAAUAUGCCGUGCCAGGACCUAAACUGCCAGGUGUUUGCUCUUCCGGUGCAGGUGCAGAGGCGGCCAUGGAUUCGGUGACCUACGUCCAGUGCAGGCAGUAAGCUUGUUGGAUUACGUCAGCAGGAUCUCAGUGUUAAGGCCGUAUAUGAGCCAAUUACCUGGAUUGAUGGCGCUACCUCCUCUCAACAAAAAAAGGCUGCUGAAGAGAAGAAGGUGUCUGAGAUCUUGAAUCUGAAUCCAUUUGAAUGUUAGAAAAAAUGAGUUCUUGGUUACGGUAACAUUAAAGAAAAUUGAUGAUUCAUGGUGGUACAAUGCAUGCAAGAAAUGUAUGAAAACAGCUAAGGGUCAUGGUGAUUCAUACAAGUGCACUAAUCCUAAAUGUGGUGCCAUUGGAGUGCCCUAUCAGAGGUUCAAGCUAUCGAUACUUGCUGGAGAUGAGACUGGUGACACUGAUUUCAUUCUUUUUGGACGUCAAGCUCAAUGGCUUGUCAAAAAAAAAAACAGCUGAUACCCUUGUGGCUGAUAACCCAAUUGGUUUUAACCCAGAUGAACUUACAAGGCUUCUCGAAAAGAUUUUCACAUGGAGCGUUAGUUUUACAGACAGCACAACAGACUCACACAAAAUCACCUUUUAAGUUAAUGCAAUAGUGGGAGAGGUGAAUGAUGGUGGUGCUGUCAUUCCAGCAACACCAGGAGCACCCCAAACAUCAUCUACUAUGUCCUCUUUGCUUGCUGCUACUGAAGCUAGCCUUCCCUCAAACACCACACCAACUAAAAUAACAUUGGGUGUUCCUGAGCCAGCAGACACUCCACAGAGUAUAAGGAACAAUGCUCAUGAUCAGGAUAAGACCUUGAUUGCUGCUCCAAAUGCACCUGGUAAUUCCUCUACAAAGACACAAAAAAGCACUACAAAAAAAGGUCCCGUCCAUCCCCUAGGAAGAAAGUUGCUAAGAAGCUAUUUACUGGUGAAGAAACUGCAGAUGACGGUGGUGGCAAUGACAGUGGUGCAGCCACCUCUAGCCAGAACAGCUUCUCCUACCAUAUAAACAAAGGAAGCUGGUGUGGUGGCCAAGUUCCGCCCAGAGUUAGUGCAUCAAUACUAGCUAGAGACAUAGGACAAUGAGCCUAGUGUUGAGGAAGUCCUCACCCGUGGUGGUCAGGCCAUCGCCGGAGCAGGUGACGAUGAGGGGCACCAUAAAACUAUCGUCCUUCGACAAGAGUCUGAACAAUUUGCCGAACACAUCGUUGCUCAUGUUCGAGCAUCCAAUCCACAACGCUGCCGGGACCAUACAGGCCGCCCUGUCCCGAGCACUAGCCCAUUACUACCCUAUUGCUGGUCGCAUCAUUGCAGGAGGAGGAAGCAGCGGCGGCGGCGACGACGACGUCUACAUCGAGUGCAACGACGAGGGCGUGGCAUUUGUAGCGGCAUCCACCUGCCACGCCCUGAAGGAUGUCAUCUGCUUCGACCGAUGGCCGGACGCGAGGAAGCUGCUCGAUGAGCUUGUCGACGUUGUCGUCCACUACCCAGCCAUGGCCUGUGCCCCCCGUGACCCUUUGCUGAUGAUGCAGGUGACCGAGUUCUCGUGCGGCGGUCUCGUCCUCGGGGUGACCUGGAACCACGGCAUCGCCGACGGCGUCGGGAUGGGCCAGUUCUUGCAGGCCGGCGGCGAGCUCGCCGGCGGGUUGCCAUCGCCGUCGUUCGCGCCGGUCAGGUGGGACGGUUCGCUCCCAACCCUCCCUCCCUCCAUCCUGGAUGCGGAGGAGCACAUGCUGAGCCUAGAUCCACUGAACGGCGAUCUCGCUACUCUGGACAUCACCAUCCCGUUGACAUCGAUUGACCAGAUCAGAUCUGACUUCAGCGGCAGAUUCCAUGGCCAGCCAUGCACCACGUUCGAGGCGGUCCUCGCUGUCCUGUGGCGGUGCCAGACGCGAGCAAUCAGGCUCGAUCCGCAGACCCCAAUCCUGCUCAUGUUCGUCGCCGAUGUGCGCAAGCACGUCGGUGCUAAGAAAGGCUACUACGGGAACUGCACCAUCGAUCAGGUCGUCGUGGCUACUAGCAGCGCGGUGGCGGACGGAGAUGUCAAGGAUGUAAUCAUGGCGAUCAAGCACGCCAAGGACCAGAUACCUAGCCGGCCGAAGAUGACGACGGGUCAGCACGAGCUCUGCAAGGUGCCUGCGUACCAUACCAUGAUGGUGUCAUCGUGGCGGAACCUUGGCUUCGACCAGAUGGAUUUGGGGAGCGGGAGGCUGGCGAGGGUGACGACCUCCGGGAAACAUAUGCCACCAGCAUCGGCCGCGCAGGGCUUUCUGUCCAGUGGCAGGGAUGGGGUCAGUGUGCUGUCGGCCUUAGUCACGACACGGACGCUUUCCUUGCAGAAUUAGACAAGUUUAUAUGAGAUCUACCUUAAUUUCGUUCUACCAUGCCUUUUCUGCCUCUUGUAAUUUUAUAAGUGUCAUGCCUCUCGAGGUUUAAUAUUUCUCGGGGUCAAACUUUAAACCAUUCGGAUCUGGAGUUCUGGACCAAACCUUUUCA